AUGGCUAAGUUGAUUUCUGUGGAAGAAGAAUUGGUCCAGGCUCUGAAAGAAUACAUUGUUUUGGCUGAAGCCAAACUGUCUAUGAUGAAAAGCUGGGCUGAAAAAAGAGAUGCACUGAACCUUGUAAUCCCUGAAGACAAGGAAGAUUUGGAAAAAAUAAUGGAUGUGUACAAGGAACUGAAGCAUCUAAAUAGAGAUUGGUCAUUAGUGGAGAGCUCCGUCCUUCAGGACCCAUCCGCUGACUCCUCUCAUAAACAAGCCCAGUUGAAUCUGCCAUACUUUCUGAAGUUCUUGGAGGAAAAAAGGGCAGGAAACCUUGGGAAUAAAGAAUCAGAGACCAAGCAGGAGACACUGAACAGUUCUCCUCAGGAUACUCUUGAUUAUAAGCAAACCCUCGAGAGCUAUGAAAGCCUCUGCCACGGAGAGGGUAUCAAACUCACACCACAGAGGCAGAAGAGGCUUUUCUGUAGGUUACAUUAUGGCAACAGGACGCUCCAGCUGGUCAUCGCCCCCUUCAAAGAGGAGGAUGAAUGGGACAGCACACACAUUGUCAGGUUCUACGAUGUCAUGUCUGACGAGGAAAUCAGGAAGAUCAAGGAGACUGCAAAACCCAAAAUGAAAUGUUCCAGAGUCUUUAGCCUCACUUCACGUUCUCCCCAGUCAUCCAAACAAAGAAUCAGCCAAAGUGUAUUUCUAACAGAAGAAGAAGACCCUGUGAUUGGCCAAGUGAAUCGCAGGAUUCAGCUCAUCACUGGGCUGUCAGAUGAAACAGCCGAAUUUCUCCAGGUUGCUGAUUAUGGCAUUGGAGGACACUAUGAACCUCAUGUGGAUUCUUUUUUGGACUUUGACAGUAACCCUUUGGAAUUUAUUGUGACGGGGAAUCGCGUAGCCACAUUCACGAACUAUAUGAAUGAUGUAGAAGCUGGUGGUGCCACUGUUUUCCCAUAUCUGGGGACUAUGAUUUCACCCAAGAAGGGAACAGCCAUAUUCUGGUAUAACCUUCUGCUGAGUGGGAAAGGCAACCACCUAACAAAACAUACUGCCUGUCCUGUGCUUGUGGGCUGCACGUGGGUUUCCAAUAGGUGGUUCCGUGAGUGAGGACAGGAGUUCUUGCGGCCCUGUGGACCAACAGAAGUUGAAUUAUAUCCUUUUCUGCCUUUUCACUUCCAAACUCUAAGCCCGCAUCUUUAA